GUGGGAACGUGUGAACACAGACUGGGAGGGCUGGACCACUCAGACCGCCCCCCCCUGUAAGUCACUGAUUCACAGAUAAUCACAAUAAACGCUUUCUGUUUUAUAUUCAGGAAGCCUGAAUCUGCCUCCUUACCGGUGUAUGUAUUCGGUUGGUGGGAUAUCUGCAAGCAUAUAUGCCAACAGGCUUCGGUCGGAGGGCAUGGGUUCCAAGGAGCAGGCUGUUCCCUUUGCCAGCCAGGACUAUGAGGCUCUGAAGCAGGAGUGUCUGGAGGCAGGCCGCCUCUUUGAGGACCCCUGCUUCCCUGCAGAGCCUCCAUCUCUGGGCUUCAAAGAACUUGCACCCUAUUCAUCUAAAACUAGAGAUGUGGAGUGGAUGAGACCCACGGAGCUGACAGAGGACCCUCAGUUUAUAGUCGGCGGAGCCACCAGAACCGACAUCUGUCAGGGGGCUCUUGGUGACUGCUGGCUCCUGGCAGCCAUUGCCUCUCUAACCCUAAAUGAGAGGCUCCUUCAUCGGGUUGUUCCACACGGCCAGUCCUUCCAAGAUGACUAUGCUGGAAUCUUCCAUUUCCAGUUCUGGCAGUUUGGCGAAUGGGUGGACGUCGUGAUUGACGAUCGACUGCCUGUCAAAGAUGGAGAGCUGAUGUUUGUCCAUUCAGCUGAGGGCAAUGAAUUUUGGAGUGCACUCUUAGAGAAGGCUUAUGCAAAGCUGAAUGGCUCCUAUGAGGCCCUCUCUGGAGGAAGCACCACUGAGGGCUUCGAGGACUUCACAGGGGGAGUGUCUGAGAUGUACGAGCUGUCCAAGGCCCCCAGAGAUCUCUACAGGAUAAUCAGUAAAGCCUUGGAAAGGGGAUCCCUGCUGGGCUGCUCUAUCGACAUCACCAGUGCCUUUGAUAUGGAGGCCGUGACGUUUAAGAAGCUUGUGAAAGGCCACGCCUACUCAGUCACCGGACUACAGGAGGUUGAUUACCGUGGCAACAUGGUGCGCCUAAUCCGAAUACGUAACCCGUGGGGCCAGGUGGAGUGGACUGGUGCCUGGAGUGACAGUUCCCAUGAAUGGGAUGAGAUUGAUCAAUCUGAGCAGGAAGAAAUGCAUCAUAACAUGGAAGAUGGAGAGUUUUGGAUGUCCUUUAGUGAUUUCUUGAGGCAGUUUUCUCGACUGGAGAUAUGUAACUUGACUGCAGAUGCUCUGAGUGAGGAGAGCCUUAGUCACUGGAACACCAUAAAGUUCUACGGCACAUGGAGGAGAGGCAGCACCGCCGGGGGGUGCAGGAACCACCCCAACACCUUUUGGAUAAACCCUCAGUAUAAGAUCACGUUGCUGGAAGAGGACGAUGACCCAGAGGACGAUGAGGUAGCGUGCAGUUUUCUGGUAGCCCUCAUGCAGAAGGACCGUCGCAGGUACCGACGCCACGGUCAGGACAUGCACACCAUCGGAUUUGCUCUCUAUGAGAUUCCAGAGGAGUACAGAGGCUGCCAAAAUGUCCACCUGAAAAAAAACUUCUUCUUGAGUCACUCAUCGUGCGCCCGAUCAGAGACCUUCAUCAACCUGCGUGAGGUGAGCACCCGCCUGCGGCUGCCCCCCGGGGAGUACCUCAUCGUGCCGUCAACCUUUGAGCCGGGCAAAGAGGCGGACUUUGUACUCAGGGUUUUCACUGAAAAGCAAUCAGAGACAGAAGAACUGGAUGAUGAAGUAACUGCUGAUUUUGAAGAUGAGGAGGAAGUAACAGAAGAUGAUAUUGACGACUCCUUUAAGUCCAUGUUUGCCCAACUAGCAGGAGAGGACAUGGAGAUCUCUGUUCGUGAGCUCAGGACAAUUCUCAACAGAGUGGUCACCCGCCACAAAGAUCUACAGACUGAUGGCUUCAGUAUAGAAUCAUGCAGAACCAUGGUCAACCUGAUGGAUAAAGAUGGCAGUGCUCGUUUAGGAUUGGUUGAAUUCCAGAUCCUGUGGAACAAAAUUCGAAAGUGGCUGGUCAUUUUCAGGGACUUUGAUCUUGACAAGUCAGGCGCCAUGAGCUCAUAUGAGCUGCGACUUGCUGUGGAAGCAGCAGGCUUCAAACUAAACAAUCAGCUGCAUCAGAUACUGGUGGCCCGGUAUGCUGAGAACGAACUUAUUGAUUUUGAUAACUUCAUCUGCUGCUUGGUCAAACUUGAAGCAAUGUUCAGAUCCUUUCAGCACUUUGACAAAGAGGGAUCAGGAGUAGCGGAGAUGAACCUCACAGAGUGGCUUUAUCUGACCAUGUGUGGAUAAAGAGCUUCGCAGUUUCAGAGAAAGAUGUGAAAACAUAAUGCCUGCUGCUGCAAGGAUCCGUCCGGAUGUAAAACCCCCCACCUCAUUGCAAGAGCUGUAAAACAAAACCAAAGUGCACUAAAGCCAAGUUUGUUCUGGGUUUAAGUUAGAAGCUAUGCAAAGCCAUAACUAAAACAAGACAAACAGGGGGGGAAAUCCUUCCAUGAGAAUAGCAUGUGCCUUUGCAUGAUACACAAUCUCAAUUCUGCACUAAUAAUGGAUAUUUUUUACCAAGUUUAUUUUAAUAUUAGUUUUAUGUUACCAUAGUUUAUUACACACUAAAUGGUGAGAUUACUGUAAUUGUGUCAUUGUGCCUAUCAAUAUAAUCCUCACAAUUUCAUGUGUACCUUCAAACCCCCACCUCAAGGUGGCGGUAGAGAGAGAGAUAACCUUUCAAUUUAACGUUGCUUCCCUAAUUUCAGUAUUAAAUAUAGUUUGAAUUAACUUUUUUCAUAAUCUGCACUGAGCUUUAGUUGAAGGGAGCCACCAGUGAAGUCAUCUCAUAUCGAUUGCUUAUACUGAACAAUUUUUUUUAUAAAUGUACUAGUUGCCAAAGUAGCAGUAGUCUAAGUGCCACUCAUCUGUUAUGUCUUUUUAAUGUAUGUUGUGCCUUUAAUAAAUACCGACCCCCCCCCAAAAAAAG